GUUUGGUAAAAUAAACGAUUUGAUCGAUUUACUGACUCGUGUGUGUGUAGUGUUUUGAAAAUCUCACUAACACGAGCGUGCUUGGUGGGCUGGGCCUACUUUCUGAAAACCUCAUUCAUGGAAGUUUUUGCCAGUAGAAUAAAAACUUCAGUAACAGAAUUAGAUCAAUUAAUGUUUUUUGUUGUCAAAAAUAGUUCUUGAAGGAAAAACUUAUCGCCCAAAUCCAAUUGGAAUGUUGAUCCAAAAAAAAACGAAGAAGAAAAAGCAAAUACACAAUAAAAUAUCUGGGCAAAAAUCAAUAUAGUAGCCCAAAACAAUGAAAUAAGGUCAAAGCCCAAACCACUCAGUUGUAAUAAGUCAAAACCCAAGACCAAAAAGCAAUUGCUUCAAUCUUCUAAAUCCUUCACCAAAAACAAACUCUCAUGGAAAGCUCUUUGGAGACUCAUCCUUCACAGGUUAUUCACUUUGCUUGUUUUUUUUCUUUGUUUCUGUUUCUAUCCAUUUCUCACUCUAUACAGCUCACAUUAAGAAUAAAAAGUUAUAGUUGAAUAAAAAUUCAGUAAAAUCGAUUAAAUAAAGAUCAAUUCAGUUACAACAAAACAUCAAAAUUUCUACACUAUGUGCUUCGGUUUUGAUCUCAAAUGCUCACCCUUGCAUACUCUUUAUACCACUCUUAACUUAAUAAUAAAAAAACGAGACGACAAUGAAGCUUAAAAUAGUUUUUAUCAAUCUUUUUGAUAUCCGUGAACCUUUUCAAGUGGAUAACAAGAAUAUCUUGCAACUUUCAUAACUCUAGCUUCUUGUUCCCUUGCUUGUGUUCUUUAUAACCAGGAGACCACUACACAUCAAAUGACCGGAGAGGCUUUUCUGCUAAAGAAGCUUCAAAGCAAGAUAACAAAGAGACUUCAUUUUGCCAUGUCUACCUCACCGUAAAACUUGACUUCAACCAGAUCAUUCAAGUAAAAGAUGCCAUAGCACGAAACGAUUAAACAUGAUUAUUUGAUUAAUAGUUUUGGGUGAAAAGUAAUAAUCUCAUUGUCUUGACUGGACAGUAAAUGUUGAUGCUAAAAACACAAGCAAGCUAAACUUUUCUUCUUUUUCAUUUUCAGCAAAAAUCGAUCAGAAAAAAUGCAUGCCUACUUAUAUAUUUUCACACCGAUAAGUAAGCAAUCUUGGACCUCUUAGUUUAGUGAUCUCCAUUUGGGACGCCAUAUGAAUUCAUAUUUUUAAAAUAAAAAACAAUCACACAAAUAUUAAGUCGAAUUGAUUCUUAAUUAGGGGAUUACUAGUUAGUACAAGAAUAUUAGUUUUGAUAAAGUGGCACUCGUGGUGCAUGUGACAAAUGUCCAAAUGGAAAACACCAAAAUCUAAACCUAAAAAUUGACUUAUAAUAAUUAUGUUAAGAGAUGUGGGGCGAAAGUUGUUGGCUCACCACGCCCUGCAAUUAGUCUUAUCUAUUUGUAUUCUACAGUAUCGCAAAAAAAUGAAAUCGUUAUAUUAAGAUUAUCCUAUAGAUUAUAUACUAUUGCUUGUCAAGUAUUGUGUGAUCAUCUGAAAUUUCUAUUCAACAUCCUCAUUUCAAUUUACUAGGUCAUAUCAGGUACAAUGGAACCACAUAGUUUUGUCAGAAGUUUAUAUAAAAAUCAAUUUGAUUAAAUAACAACUUAUUUGUGAGAAAUUAGUGAGAAACUUAAAAACAAACAACAACAAAAUAUGACGUAUCAAUGCUUGGCGGCAUGGUUAGUAACUAGUUAAAAUAAAAAAAAAUCAGUUUCUUCGAAAUGAUUCUUAAUUAGUAUUUUAGAACUCGACAUUAUUAGCCACCGAAAAUUACACAUAAAAAGACAAACAUUUGAUAGUCAAAAACAUCAUCGGUCUAUGUCAUGGAGUUAUCAGAUUAUGGUCUAUGUUUGUUGAGACUGUCAUUUUCUUACUAAUGGUGCGAGUUGUCAGGUAUCGUGGGAGGAACGCGAGGUUGUAGUCUAGGUUCAGAAAGGUUUGCUCAAGGCUAGUUUUGAAAAGUUCAUGUAAAAGAACGGAAAACUAGUUGAUGAUCAAAGGAGAAACUUAUAUGAUUAAUAGGUAGGUGUGUAGUUAUUUGUUGUGAUGGUGAAUAACAAUUUUAAGAAACAUUAUGCAAAAUUGUUGCGAUCGAAAUGUCAUCCGAAAUUAUUGAUCAAUCAAAUAUAUUUGAUGGAGAAGUAUUUGAUAAUUAGAAAAUUCCAGUGAGCUGGAAACCAAUCUGUUAUUUUCUCUCUUGUCUCUGUGUGCUUUGUCUCGUCUUAACAUGAAGAAUUUUAAGUCACCAACUCCUCCUCCACUCAACCAAUCAUCCUCCAAAAAACAUUUAUUUUUAUUUCUAGUUAAUUUAAAUCGGAAACAUCUCAAACACGAUGAACAUAAUUUUCAAGUCCAAGAGAGCUAACACCGUGUUGAAUAAUGUCUCACUUUGAUAUGAUAUUAGAUUUUCUUUCGCAAAUUAGGUCAACUAAUAAAAUGGUGAUGAAAUGAUAGAGAAAGAGUUGCGAUUUUCUUUAGUUUGUGACUUGUGAGUGUCAAAUUAGGUAUUCUUUAGCCGACGAAAAAUCUAAAGAGAACGGAGACAACAAGAAGAACAUACAUCGGUCAAACGUACUAGCUCUUUUGUAAAUCAACUUUACAAGUGCUUUCUUGUUUCCAAUGUUAUGGUCUGAAGCUGUAAUGAUGUCACGCACACACCGCAACUAUGCAAAUAUUCGAAAAUUUUCAUUCAGUUGAAAAAAAAAAAAAAAGAAUAGAUGUUAGAGUAAACUAUUUUAUCAAGAUUCCAUUAUUCAUGUUUUUGUUUUUAAUUUUCAUCAUUUAUUUUUGAUUGAAGAAGAAGAAUGUUCAAUGCAGUCAUUCCAUCACUAAAGAAAGGGCCAUUUCAUAUUUGUGUUAUUAAAGAAGACGUAUGAGACAGGACAUAAUUCAAUUUAUGUUAGCUCGCUGAAAAAAACAAAUACAAUCUUGAGAAAAAAAAACAAUUUUAGUAGAUAACUAAUUUUUUAUUAAUAGUUUUAUUAUUAUUAUUAUUUUUAUUAAUACAAUAUGUAAUGUAGAACAAUGAAUGACCGAUAUCAUUAGAAAAGGGUUGAAUAUCCUUUUUUGGGUCCUAUCGUAAUAAUCACUAAUCAGUACUUAAACAUUUUUGUUUUGCUAAUCAAGUAUGUUGACUUCUUGUUUUUGUACAGUGACCAAAGAAAGUAUAUUGGUCGUUUGAUUGAUGGUCAAAACAGAGUCAAUUAUAAUACUGUUUAGAAACUAUUACAAGAGAUUAUCAUAAACAAAAUCGUAGAUUGAUACUCCAUUAGGUUGUUGAAAAAAGAUGUGAAAAUCUGAUAUUUGAAGAAGUUGGAAUUUCAGUAAUUAUGUAAUGCCAAAACAAGAAAAACAUUAGUGGAACAAGUACGACCUGCAAUGCAUCACUCCAUUUCAAAAAUAAUAAUAAUUAAUACCUCUCGUUAAUAAUAAAAAAAAUCUCUCUCUCUAUCUCUUCUACUCCACUUUUUUUCCCAGAUUCAAAAUCUCUCAACUUUCUCUCUCUACAAGAAGCUAGCGAGCUGGGACCAAAGUGUUAAGUUGCUCUCAUUCAAGUCUCCUCCUCCUUCUUCUUCCUCAUUUUUCCACUUUAGCCUCUCCAAUACGCGCAAAAAGCAAAUCAAAACACAUCAAAUGGUUGUGUCUUCCUUUUAAGCACCGCCCAUAAUCCCCAAUGAUUAUCCCCUUUUCAUGCGCGAAUCCCCACCUCGUUUCUCGCCAAAGCUCAAACAUUCCUUUUAAUCUUUAACCCCUGAGAGAGAGGAAAGAAACAAACUUUAUUCGAUUCCCUCUCUCUCUGUUGCAAAGUCUCGAUCUUUACUCGCGAUGGUCGCAGAAGCUUGGCUAGUGAAGAUGAGCACAAACCUCAAACACGCCCUCCUCCUCGAACCCUCCUCCAAAAAAGGAGCCCCUCCUCUCCCCAAACAAACAAUCGGCAUCCUUUCCUUCGAAGUAGCCAACGUCAUGUCCAAAACAGUCCACCUCCACCGCUCCCUCUCCGACUCCGACCUCUCCAACCUCACAUCCCACGUCUUCCCCUCCCCAGGAGUCUCAACCCUCGUCUCCUCCGACUCCAACCACCUCCUCGACCUCGCCGUCUCCGAGAAGCUCGACGACCUCAGCCGCGUGGCCAGCGUCGUCUCCAGGCUAGGCAAGAAGUGCACCGAGCCCGCUUUACAGGGCUUCGAGCACGUCUACGAGGACAUAGUGAGCGGUGUUAUCGAUUUCAGGAAGGUGGGGUUCUUGGUCAAAGAUAUGGAGAGUAUGGUUAAGAAGAUGGAGAGGCUCGUCAACGCUACUUGUACUCUUUACUGCGAGAUGGAAGUGAUGAAUGAGCUCGAGCAGGCGGUGGUGAAGCUUCGGAGAAGCGGACAGCAUCAAGGGAGCGUUAAGGCCUUUGAGCAGAAGCUUAUGUGGCAGAGACAGGACGUGAAGAGUCUUCGAGAGGCUUCUCUUUGGAACCAGACUUAUGAUAAGGUUGUUGAGAUGUUGGCUAGGACUGUUUGCACGAUCUACGGUAGGAUUGAGAGUGUGUUUGGUGGGUUGGGUGUGAGAGGUAAAAAGGAUUCGAGUUUGAAGAGGAGGGAAGCAGAAGGAGCGGAUUUUAGUUUCCCUUGUGGGACUAAUCCAGGGAGGAUGUUCAUGGAGUGUCUCCCUAUGAAUGUUUCUUCGAGGAGUCAUGAUGAUGAUGAUGAAGAGGAGGAGGAGGCUCGUAGCAUCACGUUUCCUAGAGGAAUGAGGAGUAGUAAGUUCGGUUCCAAGAGCAGGUUAACGCAACACGCUUCACCUUCAACCGUUGGAGGAUCUGCGUUAUCAUUACACUAUGCGAAUGUGGUUAUAGUUGUGGAGAAGCUUCUCAAGUACCCUCAUCUGAUAGGAGAAGAAGCUAGAGACGAUCUUUACCAAAUGCUACCGACCAGUUUGAAAACAUCCUUGAAGGCUAACCUCAGGUCAUACUUGAAGAACGUUUCGAUCUACGACGCUCCUCUAGCUCACGAUUGGAAAGAGACUAUAGACGGGAUACUCUCCUGGCUUGCUCCGUUGGCUCACAACAUGAUCAGAUGGCAGAGUGAGCGCAACUUUGAGCAGCAUAACCAGAUUGUGAAGAGGACUAAUGUGCUUUUGCUUCAGACCUUGUACUUUGCUGAUAGGGAGAAGACGGAAGCUGCCAUUUGUAAACUUCUUGUCGGGUUGAACUACAUUUGUCACUACGAACAGCAGCAGAACGCGUUGUUGGAUUGUGCGAGUAGCUUUGAUUAUGAAGAUUGUUUUGAGUGGCAGAGUCAAUGCCAAGCAGCUUACUUGGACUAACAUUUUGGUGUUGUUUUAUAGAUACAUUUGUUUAUGAUUCAACACAUUGUGAAUAUCUAAACUCUCUAGUCUUGUUUGCAUACUUCAAAAAAAAAAAGUUUGUGGAAUUGAGAUUUCAGUUGUGACUUUGCUCCAAUGGUUAGAAUCAUUGGUAAGCGAUGAUAAAUGGAUGUGAGAUUCUUUGCA